AUGCAGCUUCAAACAAAAUUAAUUAUUCUUGACACCUUUGAUGGUGCAUCAUAUCCUUAUACCACAAUGGAAUUUAAUGACAAAACAAAAAUGAAAGAUAUUGCAAAUUUUGUUUUAGCAAAAUCUAACCAUUUUACGCUUCCAAUGGGUAUUCAAAUUCGAGAUAAACGAGUUGGUUUUGUCAUUUUGGAUGAUGACUAUUUGAAAGAAUUUAAUCCUUUCAAUCCAACCGCAAUCAAUUCAGCAACAGAAUAUGUCGAAGUACAAGUCACCUUACGAAGCCAUGUUCCUAAUUCAAAUGCUGAUCAAGAAGUCAGGCAUUCUGAAGAUGCUGUAGACAUUAACGUCCAGGACAAUGCACGUGUACAACCAGUUCGCGAAUCACUGCCGGUUCCAGAAUCACUGGCACCCCCUUCAGUUCGAUUAUCAAAUGAUUCGAAAAUGGGUUUUCCUUCGCGUCAUAAUGUCAACCAGUCCCAACGUAAUCAAUAUUCUAGUGAUCGUAAACUUGUUAUGAUACAGGGCAAAAAAAGUCCAAGCUGUAGAAACCGCGUAUUGCCUCGCUUUAGAAUUUGGCACGAUGAAAUUAAAAACAUACUACCUGGUACUACCUGGAAUUUACUUGUUUAUAUUGUACUGGAUGUGCGAAAAUCAGGAAAACGCACGCUCUACUAUCAUCCAAUACGAACUUUUGUUAAUGGAGAUAAUGUAAACAAACGAUUGGACCAUUAUGAAAUACCUAUUGGGAACAAGGAUUGGGCAAGCGCGCAAGGGACAGAGCUCGAAUUGAUAGUUUUGACGAUGAAAGAAGCAAAAUUAUAUUAUUUUGAACCCGUACGUGUUUUAUGCGAACUCGAAGACAACAAUAACAGCAGAUCGUCAGUUGAUGACAAUGAAUCAUGUCAUUUUGCUCUUGUUCUUAAAAGAAAUGAUCUUAUCCAAUGGGAGACUUUGGUGCUAUCGAAUCAAAUGGAUUUUCCAGAGAGACCAAAGAAAAAGAUCGAAACUAUUAGUUCGAAUCAUGUAACCGAAACGAUACCGAUUGCAUCGAUAGAAAAUCAACCCCGGAAACGUCGAAAUAAUUCGAAUAAAAAACCAACAACGACGAAAAAUCCAAAACUACAAGAUCGUUCCCCAAUAAUGGAUUCAUCGAGAAACGAUAACAUUUCUCGUGUGCAUGACAGCCAGGUUCUGCCUGUGUGCUAUAGCACUAAUCCAUCGAUGAAUAUGUUACCUCCAUCGGUGUUCAAUAUUUUAGCUGAUACUCAAUCGAUUCUAAACCCAAGUUUAUUUGAAAGUUUAGUGAAUGUGAAUAAUGGUCAGUUUGAUACUGUUACUGAUAACUGUCCUACGAUGAACCAUCUCAUACAAUGUGAUGAACCUCUUGGGCCAAGUGCUACUAACUAUGACACGCCGACCGAUAGUUACCCUGAUGGUAUUCAACCUUUGCUCUCAAAUGUGGACUUUGAUAAUCUUGAUUUUGAUUUUCUUGAUAAUACGGACCUUUGA